AUGGCUAAAGCAAACGAAUCAGCAACGAUUGACAAAUCAGAUAAUUCAAUUGGUAAAUCACCUGCAGAAAGUUCAGUACUUGUCGUUGGUGCCGGUGGUAUUGGAUGUGAAUUGUUAAAAUCCUUAGCUUUAUGCCGAUUCCGUUCGAUUGGUGUGAUUGACCUCGACACAAUUGAAGUUUCAAAUUUAAAUCGACAAUUUCUCUUUCGUCGUGAACACGUUGGCCAACCCAAAGCUACAGUAGCAUGUGAUAGUAUCCGUCGUCUUUGUCCAUCAAUAAAUAUCGAACCAUUUCAUGGUGAUGUGAUUACCGACCCGCGCUUCGAUAUUUCGUUCUAUAAACGAUAUGAUCUUGUGAUCAACGCAUUAGAUAACGUACAAGCACGACAGCACGUUAAUCGAAUGUGUUUGUUAUGCUCCAAACCUUUAAUUGAUAGUGGAUCAACCGGUUACAAUGGUCAAGCAACAUUGAUUCUUAAAGGUCGUACGCAAUGCUAUGAUUGUAUUGAAAAGCCUAAACAACAACGAACAUACGCCGUGUGCACGAUUCGUAAUACACCAUCGCAACCAAUUCAUUGUAUUGUCUGGGCAAAAUUUCUCUACAAUCAACUAUUCGGUGAUAAUGAUGAUCCGAAUAAUGAAGAUGUUACACCUGAUGCUGAUGAUCCUGAAAAUGGUACAAAUGGACAAGAGGCAGUGAGUUCGACGACAGAAAAUGGACACCAUCGAAUCUCGACACGUGAUUGGAUUCAAGCGGAGAUGGAAGAAUUUCAACCGGUACGAAUAUUUAACAAAUUAUUCUUCGAUGAUAUUAAUUAUUUAACAACAAUGAAAAAUCUUUGGGAGAAACGGCGACAACCGAUUCCAAUUCAAUACGAACAAGCGCGACAAAUUCAAGAAAAAACUCUCAACGGUCAAAGCGAUCAUGAACAAUCGGCAACGCCGAAAUUGAAUGACCAACGUAUUCAAUCGAUCAAUGAGUAUGCUCAAAUGUUUAUCGAGAGUUUAAAUGAACUGAAACAACGCUGCGAUAAACAACGACAAGCGGCCUCAAGCAGUAAAGAACCCGCCUUUCUUGUUUGGGACAAAAAUGAUGAUGCCGAUCUUCGCUUCGUAACUGCCUCAGCUAAUUUACGUGCAUAUAUAUUUGGUAUUAAUCUCACUAGUAAAUUCGAUGUGAAGUCAAUGGCUGGAAACAUAAUUCCUGCCGUUGCGACAACCAAUGCCAUCGUUGCCGGAAUAACAGUUCUCCAAGCGCGAAAAGUUCUCGCAACUUUACCUCGUUCAUCAAAUGAUCAUACAUUAACUUCAAUCAAGCAAUUAACAAAUGUAUUUAUUUCAACAGACCGUAAAACCGGAGCGAUUAUCCAGUCAAUUCAAUUGGAAGAGCCAAAUCCGUCAUGCAUACAAUGCAGUGAUCUUGAACAACCGGUUCGUGUACGACUUAACAUGUCGUUAUUUACCUUACAUUCCUUAUAUGAACGUUUGAUACGUAAACAUUUGAAAAUGAAUAAACCGGACGUAAUUAUUGCCGAUGGCAGUGGGAGAAUUUUAGUAUCAGCUGAUGAUGACGAAGACGAAGAGAUGAUGUUGAAAACAUUAGAUCAAUUUAAAUUAAUUAAUGGAACAAUUUUACUUUGCGAAGAAGAAUAUGACGAUGAAACUAAUGAAGCAUUAUUACAACAUAUGAAGAUCAAACUAAUGUUGGAACAUACCGAUACGAUUACGGAUAAAAAUGAAUAUAUCAUCGUCGAUGAUCAAGUCAUUGGAGAAAUUAAGCAAAUCAAACAAUCGUUGAAACGAAAACAUAUCGAAGACGAUGACGAUGAUGAUGAUAACAUUCAACACUUAGAUGAUUACCAAAAUGAAAUCAAUAUUGUCAAAAAGACAAAGAAAUUAUCAACAUCGCAUGAUGAACAUAACAAUGGACCAAUGCAUACGAGUUUUGUUAUGUUAGUUGAUGAUCAAGCAUCAGCAUAA